AUGCCUCCUCCCGGUGCAUGCCUGAACAUCAUAGAGGCCCGUCACAAGCAGGACGGUUUUGGGAAAUUCACCAAGCCUCAGAAGUUCUUCGGCCAAGACUACCAGCAGUUGAAACAGUACUGUCUCACAAGAGGAAAAAAGUUCAUUGAUGAGACAUUUCCACCCGACAGAAGGUCCAUCGGCCAAGGGAUAAGGAGUCAAGGAAUGCUGAAACCUUCUGACCUGGACCGCGUGGAGUGGCUGAGACCAGCAGAAAUCGCUCCGUUUCCAGCCCUCGUACUUGACGGAAUCUCCAGGUUUGAUUUUGGUCAAGGGCGCCUCGGAAACUGCUGGUUUCUUGCAUCGAUUGGAGCGCCGACGUUCCAGAAACAUAUUUUCACAGAAGUUAUCCCUCUUGAGCAAAUAUUUGAUGAGAACUACUGCGGGAUCUUUCACUUCAGGUUCUGGAGAUUUGGACACUGGGUGGAUGUAGUCAUUGAUGACAAGCUACCAACACUCAAUGGCAACCUAAUCUUUGUUCACUCCAAAGACCAAAAUGAGUUCUGGCCUGCACUCCUGGAGAAAGCCUACGCCAAGGUUUGUGGCUCCUACGCUGACAUGAUUGCUGGAACUCCUUCAGAGGCUAUGAUGGACUUCACCGGUGGGGUACACAUUAGCCUCCGGCAGCUGGACCCCAGUCCAAAUUUGUGGGGGCUGAUGUGCAGAGCUGGCAAAUCCAACACACUGAUGGGUUGUGGUACACCUCCCAGGGAAACAUCUGCUACAGUUUUACCAAACGGACUGGUCCCAGGCCACGCCUACACUGUGACGGGUGUCAAAGAGACGAUGAGCCGAGGAAAAACUGUACAAUUGGUGCGUUUGUGGAACCCCUGGGGUGAAGGAGAGUGGAGAGGAGACUGGAGUGAUCGGUCCUCUCUGUGGCAAACUGUGAGCCCUGAAGACCAUAAAAUGUGCCUUUCAGUGGCUGAUGAUGGAGAGUUUUGGAUGGCCUUCGAAGAUUUCUGUAAGUUCUACUCAGAUCUUGACAUCUGCGGGCUGUCUCCGGACUUCCUUAAUGAAAAUGUGUCUAGUCAGUGGAAGACCUCCAUGUACGAGGGCCGAUGGGUGGCAGGAACCACGGCAGGAGGCUGCAUCAAUAACAGAGAUACUUUCUGGACUAAUCCACAGUAUCGUGUCACGAUUUGUGGUGGUUAUUCAGAGAAAGCGGGGGACAGAAACAUAAUGGUGUCUCUCAUGCAAAAGCCUGACAAGAGGAACAGACACCUGGUGCAAAACCUCCACAUUGGGUUUUCUAUAUAUGAGGUGGCUGAAAAAUAUAAGGCACAGAGGGAAAGGUUUUCCCAGGACUUCUUCAUUGGGAAAGCACCUGUUGCCCAAACUGAAACCUACCUGAAUGCCCGCGAGGUGAUGGAGUUCCUUAUGUUGAAGCCUGGUGAAUACCUGAUUGUGCCAGCCACCUUCAAUCCCAAUGAGACCGCCUCCUUCCUCCUGACCAUCCACUCAAAAGCAGAAGCCGACUUCUAUGAUAAUUCUGGUGACCACAAACAUGAGCUUGAUGAGAAGGUCAAGGUCAAAAAUCCAAAGGAGGAUCAAAAAAAGACGGACUUUUUCCAACAAAACUCUGACAAGUAUGAUGAAGUUGAUGCUGAGCAUCUCCAGAGGCUUCUAAAUGAAAACAUCCUGAAAGGAGACCUGAAAUCUGGAGGUUUCAGUAUUGAUGCCUGCCGUAGCAUGGUUGCACUGAUGGAUACAUCAAUCACAGGCAAACUGAACAGUGAGGAAUUUGUCCGUCUCUGGAACAAGGUCAUCACAUUCAAGAAAAUUUUCUACAGUACUGAUGUUUCACGAACAGGAACACUGUCACUGAGAGAGCUAAGGAAUGCAUUCUUUGCUUCAGGAAUGAGGGUGAAGGACGACAUGCUCAAUCUGAUGGCUCUGCGCUACGGCGCCUCCUCUGGACACAUGACGCUGGAGAGCUUCAUCAGCCUCAUGCUUCGCUUUGACUGCAUGAACAAAAUCUUCAGAGAGUUAUCUGAUGGAAAAGCCAUGAAACUUGAUGAGAUAGAGUGGAUGUACAUUUCAAUGUACACUUAACUCAAAGGAAUG